ACGAGGAGUGUAUAAGGCGUUGUGGCCUGGAUCUCUCUUUUGACAUUGAAGGGCCUGCCGCUUUCCGACCAGCCACCCGCGGAGUGGGGCUUCUGGCGACGGGGCAUUGCCGAUGAACGGUCCAGAGUGAAGUCGUGCGUGGAGAAGAAUCCCUGUGCUUUCAUACAUUGCUCUAUUUAAGCCGAAAGCCUCGGAAAACUUUAAAGCAUUAGCAUUUCUUUGUUGUUGGUCUCGAAGAGUAGGAGUUCGCUCCAAGCAUUUGCUACCAUGGCUCCCUCUGCUCAAUCAACUCCUGAUGGGACCACCAUUGAUAACAAUUGCAGUAGUGAGAAGUAUGCUGAUGUGAACUGGGACGAGCUUGGGUUCUCCAUGACCGAAACCGAUUUCAUGUAUGUCAUGAAGUGCUCCAUUGGGGAGAAUUUCGAUGAAGGAAGCAUCAUUCCCUAUGGAAACAUUCAACUCAGCCCUUGUUCCACUCUUGUCAACUAUGGACAGGGCCUGUUUGAGGGGUUGAAGGCAUACAGGAAGGAAGACGGGAAGAUUCAGCUUUUCCGCCCGGACCAGAAUGCACUUCGUAUGAAGGCAGGGGCUGAGAGGCUCUGCAUGCCUUCGCCUUCCAUUGGUAAAUUCGUUGAUGCUGUGAAGCAAACUGUCCUCGCCAAUAAGCGCUGGGUGCCGCCAAUGGGAAAAGGAUCAUUGUAUGUUAGGCCACUGCUGAUGGGGAUGGGAGCUGCUCUGGGCUUAGGGCCCUCACCUGAGUACAUGUUCCUAGUGUUCGCCUCCCCUGUCGGGGAUUACUACAAUAAGGGUCGAAAACCUAUGAACCUUCUUGUCGAGGAUAAGCAUCGCCGCGCUUCUCCUGGUGGGACCGGAGGCAUCAAGACUGUGGCCAACUACUCACCGGUUCUCAGUGCGCAAGCUCGGGCAAAGGCUCAGGGGUUCUCAGAUGUGUUAUUCCUGGAUGCUGCAAUGGGGAAAUACGUCGAGGAGGUUUCAGCAUGCAAUAUCUUCGCAGUUAAGGGUGAUGUGAUCUCGACUCCGCAAAUUACUUGCGGAACAAUUCUUCCUGGAAUCACAAGGAAAAGCAUAAUUGAGAUUGCUCUCGCGCUCGGUUACAAGGUCGAGGAGCGGCUUGUUCCCGUGGAGGAGCUGCUGGAUGCUGAUGAAGUUUUCUGCACAGGAACAGCAGUUGUGGUUACUCCUGUUGGUAGCGUGACUCAUCAGGGCAAAAGGGUUGAAUACAAAGAACAGGGAGAGACCGUGUGUCAUAAGCUCUAUGAAACUCUGACAGGCAUCCAAACGGGUCGGAUCGAAGACAAAAUGGGUUGGAUGGUAGAUGUCAUUUAGGAUUUGCUGAUGUCUUUCAAAAAUGUCAUCUGUACUGUUGUCAUCGCCGGGUUUCCCCGAUAUUGUGGUUUGGUAUCGUUCCAACUAAUAAGGUGAUAGUUCGAUACAGAUCACUAGCCAUAGCAUAUCCACAAAAGGUUCUCUGCAGUCCAAUGCAAACCAUUUUCCUUUUUUCUUUU